AUGGAAACCGAAGAGAUUACGAGUAUAAUUGGCGCAAACUCAGUGCCCAGAUUUGCCGAAGCCGUCGGGCUUGUGAGCCAUGUCGAAGUCAAAGUGCACUGGGGAGCGACCGAUUUGCUCAUUUUGAAAUCCACCAAAGACAGGGUCCAGGUCCUUGAAUCGCAAAUAGCGUCCUUAUCUGAAUUACUUAGUUCGCGGACGAAUAAAGAAGCUCAGGCUUCUGUACCUUCGCAGCCCCUUCCUUCAACGACAAGCUCGGAUGGGAACCCUUUCCUAACUGAGCAGGCUGUUCCGAAUGAGCGACAAACUGUCUCUUUCUCAGAAGCCCAAUCUGACCUGCCACAAGACGUAUUUACUCACUUUCUACAAGUCUAUAGUCAGACAGUGCAUCUUCAACCUCUUCCAUUGUUUGACCUCGCCACCCUGGGAAGGAAACUCAAUAAUGCUCCUCAAUACUUUCUUGAUAGCUUCCUAGCUCUUAUGCUUGAGUUCACUACUCAUGAAUACUUCCGGAACAAACACGCAGAGGCAUCUAGCUAUUACAGCCGCUCGGCAGCUACUACCAUACAGCGACUUGCUGCUGAAGGAAAACACCAGGUUGAGAUUGUUCAAGCUCUAUGCAUGAUGGCACUGAGAGAUAUUGCAGGGAGUGAUUUGCCCAGGGCAUGGAUGUCCAUUGGCACAGCGACACGGCUGGAGAGUAUCCGUAAUCUGUGGAAAAGCAACUCAGUCCCCAACCAGGAAUCAGCAGAAGAGAACAGAUGUUAUUGGAGCAUUUACAUGAUUGAGGCCGUCUUUUUCCCUCACAUGCCACGGGCCCCAACACAUGACCAGACUCGGAAAUAUCCUCCCAGUGUUGAGCCUCCGCCACCAAUUCCACUAGAUGCGAACGAUUUCAAUGCACCGGACUUCGAUAAUGCUGUUGGUUCAUCUGAUGACCUAGGAAUCAACACGCACGCGGGGAGAAUGAUAGCAGUCUGGAGUCAAGUUGCCUGUCAUCUCCAUGAAAUCAGACGUGGAGAGGUUCAGAUACCCUGGCUGCCAGAGUCUACGUACUCCAAGCUCAAUCUUGCUCUUUUUGAGUACGAGGCUCAGUUCAACCAGAGACACCUGAUGAGGAGUCUAUUCCCUUUUAAAAGAACUUCAGAAGAGAUACAAGCAUACCGCGAGUAUUGGAAUCCAUGGUUGACCACGCAUUUAGUAUUGCAUGCGUCUCUCGCCUUAUUGAACCACCCUUUCAUUCACUUGGUGGCCUUACGCCGCAAUAAAGGUAUGAGCCAGUCCAGGUUGUUCUUACAACAGGUCGUAGAUCAAGCUCUCUUCCACUCUGGAUGGGUAUUCUGGCUUGUUGGAAUAUUUGAAGAUUUGAACAUCGAGAUAUCCAAUCCCCUCAUCGGGUUAGCUGUUGCAGCAACAUCGACAAUUCCAUGGCUCUACCAAUUUGUCAAGAAUGCCAAGGUUGCUAGCAAAGCCAGCCAGAAUUUAGCCAAGGGACAGAGAUUGCUACAACGCCUGUCGAAGACUUGGCCAUGCAUGUCACACAAACUGCAAGGCCUCCAACGACUCCAAUCACUUGUCAUUGGAAAGUCACCUGAAGCCGGUGCUGCUGAUACCACGAUUAAUUUUCCACCGUCUAUGAUAUGGGAACUUCUCGAUCCGAUCAUUUAUAAUACCAGACUAUCCACUGAUCCUUCUGACCUAUCCACAGAGGGCCUCCCUUACGUCAGUAUACAUGUCACAACAGACUUCUUGCAUCCUCUAGCGGAUGACGAAGACGAUCAAGCGUUGAGUCACUUCAAUUGGGAAGACAGUCUCAUGUAUGGGAACGACCUGUUGCAGGACAAUUACCCUGCAUCACUUGUUCCCUUUGAUUUCAAUGUAACCUAGUCUCCCGUUGCAAGAAUGGCUAUUUUUGUAUCUCGUAGGUGACAAUAGUGAAUGGGAAAACUGCUAGUACCGGCACCGUUGAAUAAUGGUAUCGGGAAACGGCAUUUAACAG